UAUCUCUUCUCUAUUUGUUUACCCUCUUUAACUUUAUGUGUGCGAUUUCUUGUUGAUACUGCUUUGUUAAUUAAUUUUGUGAGUGCUCUGUUUGGUUGUUGAUUUCUGUCAUCCAAAACAUUUCGCCCAAAUAGAGUUAUUUUAAAGGAAUCUUCUAUUUAAGUUCCAUAUCUUCAUCCUUUCUCAUAUGUUCGUUUAAUGCUUGAAAUUAAUUUAUGAUAAUGGCCGAGUGAAAUGGGUUUAGGAUUUUAAAAUUUGCUCAAUAAAUUAAAAUAGAAAUUGAGUGUCAGUUUUAUUCUAUGACGUAAAAAUUGAAAGUUCUUAAAUCAUGUAAAACCGUCUAAAUUUUGGUAUUCUCAUAGAUUUAGUGUGUCCUUUAUAUUAGAGAAAUAUGGUGCUUACAUAUUUGUGCAUGAGUGAUUAGGAAGUUCGUAUAACAGGUUGUUUAAAAUCUUUUUUUUUCUCCUAAUUUUUCAAAACUUUAUUAAAUUGUUUGGUCAAUUUCUUGAUGUUUUGCUGGCUGUGUGGACUAGUUACGUCAUUUUGGCUUCAGUAGGUUUGCUAGUAUUACGCUAAUAUUCAUAUUAUAAGUGCAAAACUUUUCUAUCACUCUUUUACCUCUCUUUCUCGUCUUUUCUUUUGGUUCAUUUUUUUUGGAAGUCCUUGUUUGUUAGGACCAUUGAGUGAUGAUCUUUUAGAAGUAUAAUAUUCUUGAUUUGCUGGUAUUGGGGACAGGCCGAGCUCAUUAGUGAUUAAAUUGUUUACAUUCCUUAGGAAUUGAGCUUGGCCAAAUUCAUAAAAAUAAAAGGUCAAGAGAAUUUGAGCAUGAUUUAGAAGUUCCCUUUUAUUUAUUUAUUUAUUUUGUUAUAUUAUUCGCUAGUAGCAUGUUUAGGCCGAUCACACUUGGGUAGGCAAAUAUUAGGUCAUUUAUUUCAGUUUUUAUUUGAGGUGAGAGAUCGUUCCCUUUAGUUUAUACUUGGCAAAAUGCCUCGUGAAUUUUAUAUAUAUUUUUAUCCGGGGUAUGCCCUGUAGUGAAUGUAAUUGGAGGAUGUGACGGACAUCGUGGAGUGAGCAUAGUAUAGACUUUUGGUAUUUUCCUCAUAUUUUUUUUAUUUUGGUGGGGACGACCUCGAGUCUCUUAUGUGUUUAUUUUUCUUUCAUUUGUUUUGCCUCAAUUUGAGUAUUCUUUAAAGCCAACUGGAUCAAGUACGCAACCGUGACUUUCACGGGACUCGGGGAAUGCCUAACACCUUCUCCCCGAGUUAAAUGAACCCCCUUACUCGGAAUCUCUGGUGCAAACUGGUUUAGAGUCAAAUAUGUAUUUUAAGGGAAAAUUGCUUUUAAAUGAUGACUUGGCACACCGAGAUUAUAUGCCAAGUGACGACUCACCAUCUGAGCUAAAUAGAUAAUCCAAUAUAAGAGUAAUGCGACGUCUGCUACUCUAACGGAUUAAAAACUACUUUGAAAAUAUCAGUCCAAAAGAGUGUAAAAUAGGGAGGCAAACAAAACUCCAGACAUUUAAAUAAUCCAACAUAAAAGUGCAAAUUUUGCAGGGGAAGAAUAGGUUGAGGUUUGGUCUUAACAGCUACGGUUUUUCCGUUGACAACUAAGCUUAGUUUUAGCUGUUUUCGUUAUGUCUAACUGUAAAGACACAGCCUUUUUCUAUUUUUUCUGGCAAAAAAGUUUUAACCUUUCCGAAGAGAAACAAGGCAUGCACUUGUACAACCACCCACCCUCUCUUCUUUACCGUCUCACAAGUUCUAAUUUCUUUUUCCCUUUUUUUCUUUUUGUGGGGGUUGUUUUAAAAUUGGAAAGAGAUGCGUCAAAGCAAAGGAGAUUGCAGUCUAUUUUAAGCAAAUUAGCUCGUCCUUAUUCUAUUCCCUUGUCUUUUUAAUAAAAUUACAAAGUCCCACUCUGCCUUGUUCAACAUCCCCAUUAUUUUACUAUAAAGAAGCCACUUUCCCUCUCAAUAAUCCACUUUCCCUCUCAAUAAUCCACCCCCACUAGCUGCGUCUCUCUCUCUCUGUUCUUAUCGUUUUUAUUGUUCCCUCUUGUUCUUGCUCUUUGUCUGUGUUCCCUUUUUGUAUAACUUGCAAAGGACACACUUUGAGUUAAUUCUGUUAUGGGUAUGGAAAAGCUUCAUUUUGUGAAAAUUGGAGCGCUGAGAUUGCCCCCUGGAUUCAGGUUUCAUCCAACUGAUGAAGAACUUGUGUUUCAGUAUUUAAAGCGCAAGGUCUUCUCUUUCCCUUUGCCAGCCUCUAUCAUCCCUGACAUGGACGUUCACAAAUCUGAUCCUUGGGAUUUACCAGGUGAUUUGGAGCAAGAAAGGUACUUCUUUAGCACAAGGGAGGAGAAGCAUCCAAAGGGGAACAGGUCCAACAGAGCAACCAACUCAGGGUAUUGGAAGGCAACUGGACUUGACAAGCAAAUUGUGAGUUCCAGAGGCAAACAACAACAACUUGUUGGCAUGAAGAAAACUCUUGUCUUCUACAAAGGAAAGCCUCUCCAUGGUUGCAGAACUGAUUGGAUUAUGCACGAAUAUCGCCUCGCCAAUCUUGAACCCAAAAAGAUUCCUACCCAGGAAAAUUGGGUUCUCUGCCGAAUAUUCUUGAAGAGAGGAGGCAGUAAGAAUGAAGACGAGAACAUGACACAUAUGUUGAAUACAACUAGUUGUAGAGCAGGUGCAAAUAGUAAGCUAGUUUUUUACGAUUUUAUGAGGAGGGACUUGCAUAGGGUACCGUGUUCUUCAUCAGUGUCUGGCUCCAGUGGGAUCACUGAGCUGUCUACUAAUGAAUCAGAUGAGCAUGAAGAUAGUAGCAGCUGCAAUAGUUUUACCACUUUGAUUAGAAGAAAAUACAUGACAUUAGAUUAGACUUUUCUUUUUUCCCUUAGUACUAAUUCGAAAUAAUUAACCAGUUCAAAAGUAGUAGGUUGUUUUUGGCUCAAAUUUCGCCUUUCUUAGACAUUAUCUCACUAUAUAUA